UCUGAGGGGGGAGGAAGAGGAGGAGGAGGAAGAGGAAGGUUACACGGCGCAUCCAAGGAGCCAACCAGGCGCAAAGGAAAAAAAAAGGCUGGAUCCCAUGGGAAAGGGCCGGACCGGAGGAAACGGAGUUGACGCCGACGGAUUCGACGCCUACCACGUCUCCGUCGCCGGCAUGGUUCCCGCAGGCCAGACGUCGCCGGCGUCCGGCUCCGGACCGGAUUGAACCCGAACCAGGCCCAUGGAUCGGCCGCUUGGCACCGCACCAAAGUAGCCCAGGCUCCGGCUCAUCCUCUUCCAGAUUUGUUUUCCGACCAAGGGCAUCUGCUCCACUUUGGACACCGUUUCUAUUUUAUUACGGCAAGGUCGGCUUCUUCGUCCCAGGGCGAAACCGGUCACAUCGGUCACUCGCUCGAUCCGUUCAUCUCCGUUGCCAUCCUUGAGCGAAUUAUCCCAUUUUGGGUAAUUUCCCGGUCAUUUCCCGGCCUCCGUCUAGACUUGUCCGAAGAGACUGCUGGACGUGAGCCACACAUUUUGCUCCCUUUUAUCGGAUGAAUCCCCAAUUAUUUUGGCAACAGAAGUGACACCUGUCCAGGAGACAUCGGGCUCAACUGGACACUCACCUGGGUUGACAUUGGACUCAACUGGUCACUCACCUGGGUCAACACCUUUCCAGGAAACAUUGGACUCAACUGGUCACUCACUUAGGUUGACUUUGGACUCAACUGGUCACUCACCUGGAUCGACACCUUUCCAGGAGACGUUGGACUCAACUGGACACUCACCUAGAUUGACACCUUUCCAGGAGACAUUGAACUCAACUGGUCUCUCACCUUAGGCCAACACCUUUCCAGGAGACGUUGGACUCAACCGGUCACUCACUUAGGUUGACUUGGACUCAACUAGUCACUCACCUGAGUCAACACCUUUCCAGGAGUCAUCGGACUCAACCGGUCACUCACCUGGGUUUGACACCUUUCCAGGAGACGUCAGACUCAAUUGGUCACUCACCUGGGUUUGACACUUUUCCAGGAGACGUCAGACUCAAUUGGUCACUCACCUGGGUUUGACACCUUUCCAGUAGACGUUGGACUCAACUGGUCACUCACCUAGAUUGACACCUUUCCAGUAGACGUUGGACUCAACUGGUCACUCACCUGGGUCAACACUGUUCCAGGAGACGUUGGACUCAACCGCACUCACUUGGGUUGACGUUGGACUCAACUAGUCACUUACCUGAGUCAACAUCUUUCCAGGAGACGCUGGACUCACCUGGGCCAGAAGCAACCAUCUCCAUGCUGUGUCAUCCUUGAAGGAAUUAUAUAUUUUUGGGUAAUUUCCCGGCUUCCAUCUAGACUUGUCCAAAUAGACGACCAACUGCUGGAUGUGAGCUAUCCAUUUUGCUCUUGUUUUGGGAUCGGUACCCUUUUUAUUUUGGCAACAGAUGUGAUACCGUUCCAGGAGACGUUGGACUCAACUGUACACUCACCUGAGUCGACACCUUUCCAUGAGACAUUGGACUCAACUGGUCACUCACCUGGGUCAACACCUUUCCAGGAGACGUUGGACUCAACUGGGUUUGACACCUUUCCAAGAGACGUUGGACUCAACUGGUCACUCACCUGGAUCAACACCUUUCCAGGAGACGUUGGACUCAACCACACUCACCUGGGUUGACGUUGGACUCAACUGGUCACUCACCUGGGUCAACACCUUUCCAGGAGACGUUGGACUCAACUGGUCACUCACCUGGGUCAACACCUUUCCAGGAGACAUUGGACUCAACUGGGUUUGACAUCAUUCCAGGAGACGUUGGACUCAACUGGUCACUCACCUGGGUCAACACCUUUCCAGGAGACGUUGGACUCAACUGGGUUUGACAUCAUUCCAGGAGACGUUGGACUCAACCGGUCACUCACCUGGGUCAACACCUUUCCAGGAGACAUUGGACUCAACUGGGUUUGACAUCAUUCCAGGAGACGUUGGACUCAACUGGUCACUCACCGGGGUCGACACCUUUCCAGGAGACGUUGGACUCGGCCAGAAGCAGCCAUCUCCAUGCUGUGUCAUCCUUGAAGGAUCUGCCCUGUUUUUGGUCUUCUCAAUGUCUUUCUAGACCUCUCCAAAUAAGCAACUGACCUGGACGUGAGCCACGGUUGUGCCGCCCCAAUCCCUGACCCCAACUCUUUGUCCCAAGAGGAACUCAGACACUCGAUGGCCCAACCAGGCCCUGGACCUUGCUAUGGGGAAGCCUAAAGAGUGGCCGGAAUAUUAGGCCGGACGUCUCGCCUUUCCUUGGCCCCCGUCCUCCUCCUCCUUCUCUUCCCGGGUGCGUCUGAGGUCGCUGGUGCCCACCAUGGAGACCAAGAUCCCUCCGGCGGUGACCCCGACCAGCCCGUCCUCGCCAGGCCUCUCGCCGGUGCCGCCGCCGGACAAAGUGGACGGCUUCUCCCGCCGGUCUCUUCGCCGGUCCCGCCAGCGCCGGUCCCACAGUUCUUCCCAGUUCCGGUACCAGAGCAACCAGCAGGAGCUGACGCCGCUGCCUUUGCUGAAAGAUGCCCCAGUGUCGGAGCUCCACGACCUCCUCUGCAAGAAACUCCAGCAAUGCUCCAUCCUCUUCGAUUUCCUCGACUGCGUGGCCGACCUGAAGGGCAAGGAGAUCAAGCGGGCGGCCUUGAACGAGUUGGUGGAGUGUGUGGCCACCAACCGGGGCAUUCUCAUCGAGCCGCUCUACCCGGAAAUCAUCAAGAUGAUUUCGGUCAACAUUUUCCGGACGCUUCCGCCCAGUGAAAACCCCGAAUUCGACCCCGAAGAGGAUGAGCCCAACUUGGAGCCCUCUUGGCCCCAUCUCCAGCUUGUCUAUGAAUUUUUCCUCCGCUUCCUCGAGAGUCCAGACUUCCAGCCCUCGGUUGCCAAGCGCUACAUCGACCAGAAGUUCGUAUUGCUGCUAUUAGAGCUUUUCGAUAGCGAAGAUCCCCGGGAGCGCGAGUAUCUCAAGACCAUCCUCCACCGCGUCUACGGCAAAUUCCUCGGCCUGCGAGCGUACAUCCGCAAGCAGUGCAACAACAUCUUUUUGCGAUUCAUCUAUGAGACAGAGCAUUUCAACGGCGUGGCAGAACUGCUUGAAAUCUUGGGAAGCAUAAUCAAUGGGUUCGCCUUGCCUUUGAAGACCGAACACAAACAGUUCCUGGUGCGAGUCCUCAUCCCGCUUCAUUCGGUGAAAUCCCUCUCGAUAUUCCACGCCCAGCUGGCUUACUGCGUCGUUCAGUUUCUGGAGAAAGAUGCCACGUUGACCGAACAUGUGAUCCGUGGUUUGUUGAAAUACUGGCCAAAGACCUGCACCCAAAAGGAGGUGAUGUUCUUGGGAGAGAUCGAGGAGAUCCUGGAUGUCAUCGAACCGUCCCAAUUUGUGAAGAUCCAGGAGCCGCUCUUCAAGCAAGUGGCCCGGUGCAUUGCCAGCCCCCAUUUCCAGGUUGCAGAGCGGGCUCUGUAUUUCUGGAACAACGAGUACAUUUUGAGUCUGGUGGAGGACAACUGCCACACCGUGCUGCCCACCAUCUUCGGCACGCUCUACCGCGUCUCCAAGGAACACUGGAACCCGACCAUCGUCUCCCUGGUCUACAACGUCCUCAAGACCUUCAUGGAGAUGAACGGGAAGCUCUUCGACGAACUCACAGCCUCCUACAAGGUGGAAAAACAGCAGGAACUCAAGAAGGAGAAGGAGCGGCAGGAGCUGUGGCGGCAACUGGACGAGCUGCAGCUGCGGAAGCUGCAAGGACUGGAGGAGGCCAAGAUGAACCGCCUCAACCUGCAACACAACCUGGUUGUGCAGAGCGGGGGGGCCAGCUAGGGGCCCCUCCUCCCCUCCCCGGACACCCCCUCCCUCCCCCUUUUCCUCCCUCCCUCCCCAAAGAGAGAGCCGGGGGCGGCAGCUUCCCCGUAGUAUGCCUCCCAAUCCGGUCCCCACACUGGCCUCGGCCAAACCGUCUUACAUUUGGGGGG